CACAGAAUAAAUACCCGAAGCUCCCACGGAGGAAAAUACAAUCUUUUUAGUAAUCUUGACAGAGUCGUGUGACUCCAAAAUGAGGGCAAAAUACGCUUAACCGCUUUUCAAGCGAAUGCGGAAGUACGCAUGAGUGAGACCUCUCGCCUCGUCACAGCGACGAACGUGCGCUAGCUUGAACAAAAUCAAAACAAACACUAGUGUAUGACUGGAUCCUUCUGUGUAGCUGUGUGAAAGGAGACUGGGAUUUAUUUUGUCUCAGAUAGAGACCUUUGUCAUGUCGAAUAUGGAGAAACACUUGUUCAACCUCAAGUUUGCUGCCAAGGAACUACAUCGCAACUCCAAGAAAUGUGACAAAGAAGAAAAGGCAGAGAAGACUAAAGUGAAGCAGGCUGUCCAGAAGGGCAAUAUGGAGGCAGCCAGGAUCCAUGCAGAGAAUGCCAUCCGUCAGAAGCAUCAGUCCAUUAACUUUUUGAGGAUGAGUGCACGUGUGGAUGCUGUGGCCUCCAGGGUCCAGACUGCUGUCACCAUGAACCAGGUAUCUAAAUCCAUGUCUGGAGUGGUCAAAUCUAUGGAUGCUACACUUAAAAGCAUGAACUUGGAAAAGAUCUCUGCAUUAAUGGACAAGUUUGAAAACCAAUUUGAAACUCUUGAUGUGCAGACGGCUCAGAUGGAAGACACAAUGGGCAGCACCACCACUCUGACAACACCUCAGAAUGAAGUGGAUAUGUUGUUGCAUGAGAUGGCUGAUGAAGCAGGGUUGGAUCUUAACCUGGAGCUCCCUCCAGGCCAGUCUUCCGCACUGGCUUCAUCUGUUGCAUCAUCAGAGCAGGAUGAACUCUCUCAGAGGCUGUCCAGACUGCGAGGCCAGGUCUCCUAAUGAAGCAGAAAAAUGACAAGAUCAGGAGGAGAGAGAAGAGCACGAGAAGAAAGAAGAGACAGGAGGGAAAAAAUGUGCCAUGUGCCUGCGAGCUCUGUGCCCUCCUCUGUGUUCCUGCUUUGCUCUUUAGUGAGAAUUGAAGGAGAGGAAAGAAAUUUAAAUUACAUCCUUCUAUGUUAAUGUUCAAUUGUGCACUCACAUUUAACAUAUAUUCAAAUGAUUUAUUAGCUGGGAACAAGACACAUCCGCAGAUUUAAUGCCGAUAUUAACCGAAGACAUGCUGCUCUUAAAAACUCACAACUUUCACACACAUGAGAGUCUUGUGUGUUAUUGACAUUGUGCUUCUGCUACUUAAGAACAAACUUACUGGAGAAAUGUCAAAAAUUAAGUGAGGAAAUCAGGCAAAUUCAUUUUCUAAUUACAUGUGGAAUGUUUACAUCCUACCUGAGGAGGCAGAUGUUACUCAUGUUAUAACAUACUCAUAUUCAAGGUUUGAACUGAAAUGCAGUGAAUAUUUAUUUCAGCAUACUUAAGCAGCAUUUUUGCAUUACUUUUGCUCAGUUUUGCUGUUAACUUAAUCUUAAAAGAGUGAAAAAAAAAAAAGAGCAAGUCUGCAGAUUCUGUUUGGGCUGAGACACUACUGAGCUGGAUUAUUUUUUUUAUUUUAAGGUGGCACACCUUGUUCCUGAAAGGCGUUUUCUAAGCAAAUUAUAAAAAAAAAACUAUUGUGUGCUGUUUGAUGGUUGAAAUACCUCACUCUAAUAUAUACUGUGUAUAAAAUGCAAAGAGUAAUAUAUUUAUGUAUUUAUUUAUGUACUGACUGGCUGAGUACUGCUAAGAGCAUGUAACUGUUGUGCAUGACUGAGGAUGUGGAGCGACCUCUAGUACUGAUGCUUUGUCCAUUUAUGUUUAGUUCUGCAACUUAACUUUUUUACAUUUUACCCCAAAAACAUGGCUCACAAUGACUGUUUGUCUUUGGGGAGAGCUGGAGUAUUUUUAAUUUUCUGCAUGUAGCAGUAACCAACACAGUGGCUCACCACACACUUGUAUGCAGAGAUUAAAGGGGUUUUUAACAUG